AUGUCCUCAGCAGCCCCCGUCGUCGCACAAUCUGCCUUCCAAAAGUUCUUGAACCACCCCGCUGGUCCCAAGACCAUUCACUUCUGGGCCCCCGCUGCCAAGUGGGACGUCGCAUUCUAUAGGGCCAAGCUUCAUGCUUAUACCCUGUUCAUGCGCACAGGAUGGCAAUGUGCUCUGGUCGGUGCUGGUGUUGGUGAUUUGAGCCGCCCUGCUGAGAACUUGUCCCUUUCCCAGAACGUUGCUUUGGCUGCCACUGGAUUGAUCUGGUCGAGAUACUCGUUGGUCAUUAUCCCCAAGAACUACAGCUUGUUCACCGUCAACGUUUUUGUCGCCGCCACCGGAUUGACCCAGCUCUACCGUAUCUUUGACUACCACCAGGGCUUGAAGAAGACCGAGGAGAAGCUUGCCGCUGCCGAGUAA